CAGAAUGCCUUAAGAUGCUGCUUUGGAAAUGACGACUUAGAACUAGAAAUGGUUAUGAAUGAUGAGGAGUUAUCAUUUUGCUUCGAAGACACACUGGACUGCUUGCAAAAUGUAUACCACUCUGCAAUGCAAACAACAGAAGAGACUCACGAAGAUGCUCCUGAUUGUGUGGAACUAGGCAUGGAGUGUUCUGACACUCCCGGGACCGAACGGUCAGAUAUUUUCAUGUCGACCUUUUACACUGAGCUAGGCAAGAAAAGCGAUUUAAAGCUGUCCAAGAUUGAUGCACACAUAUGUGGACAGAUAAUGAAAACUGCCAUGGAAAAGAUUUCAGCAGGAAAAGGUCAGGGACUGGCGUCUGCAGCUGGAACAAAAGGAGAGAUAACUCGUUAAACAAAACAGUCUGUCAAAACCAAAGAAGAAUUCAUUUCGA